AUGACCUGUAUGUUUUGACAGAGGGACGAUACGCAAAAGAUUAAUUCGAUUUUUUGAGACGAUGGCCGUGAUAAGUAAUAUAAUAGGUUUUGCAUUCGUUUAUUUAGUGUUUUUGGGACCCUUUGGAUGUAAAGCAGACACUUGUGCGCAAAAAGGACCAUGCAGUUGCGUGUACCCAAACGGCACCGGUAUAGACUUAAGUCCUUCGGUGCUUCCUCAAGGGUUCUACCAGGUUCAGGGUUUUAAGACAUUCUACAAUGCGUCUGUAGUAUCCCUAUAUGAACUGGACACCUACUACUUCCACCCCUGUGCUGAUGUUUCGCUGAACGUAUCGCGCUUCUCUUGCAAUCGCCCUAUGUCUAUGUAUCGGGAAGUGUACAAGUUGAACAAAACUGCUGGCGCAGGCAUAGGUUCCAUGUUCAAUUUGUCUUACACUAAUUGUGAAUUUCUGGGAAAUAAAGAGGAUGUAAACUUCACUUCUGGGCCAUCCAUCAGCUUCCGUAAUGGACCUUCUACCACUACCAUAUUGUUAAUAUGCAGUGAGGGCGACAGUCGACUACAAAUCUACUCAUUAACCGAACCAAAUGCAGUCAUUUUAGCGUUCUACUCAAAAGAUGCAUGUCUGAAGCAAAUCGAAGAGCCUGGGAGGUCCUUUGGCUCUACUCUCCUCAUAAUAUUCUUCUCCUUCAUCAUAUUUUACCUCGUCCUCGGAGUUUGUACGAAGAAAUUCCUUAUGGGAGCCACCGGGAUAGAGGUCAUACCGAACUUAGCGUUUUGGUCGGAUCUGCCGAAUCUAGUCAAAGACGGCUGGGCGUUCGCAAUCAGAGGUUGUCAACUGCCCACGCGUGGAAUGAGCCCCGCCGGCCCGUCGGAUCCCAACAGCUACGACAGCAUAUAACAUCCAACCGCCGAGAACUUCAGCGAAGGUCAGCUCGUUCUCGUUGAGUAAAUGAAACAUUCACCCCCUACGUAUAACGUCGUAAGUGCACUUACGAUGUUGUUCAGUUAUUUACUUAGUGAUAAAUUGGUAAAUGGUUGUAUUACACCAUUAAACCAGUCACUGGUUCGGCAUAGUUUCGCCUCUUCUCUGUUUUUCUUAUUCAUUAAAAUUAUGACAAGCUUGAAAUCGUAUUUUACCGUUUAAGGUAAAUAAAAAAACACAAUUUUAAGACAAGGUGCUGCUGAUUUGAAACUGGUGAACUGGUGUAAUACAAAUAUAUCACUACCUAACUUAUAACAAUUAAAACAUCAAUAGUAAAUGAGUAGCAUAACAUCGUAAAUGCACAUACGAUAUUGUUCUUUGUCUAUGUUAUUCAUAGGAGGUGUUUGAAGUUCGCAAGUCUUAAUUCUCUUGAACAUUAUCUUCGGCGAAAAAGGCUUGUUAAAUUGAAACUGAUUGCUUUAAAAAUUCGUAUAUUUAUUAGUUUUUUGUGCCUUCUGUAGCCUAAAUACCAUGUCUGAAAUGCGAAUUCAUUUAUGAAGCUACAAUUUGCAACUUUCGUACAGUUUUUUUUACACAAAAAGUUACAUUUCAUGGAAAUGCGAUACAAAAGCAAUUUACUAAAAUAUACAUUUUAAUCGUCUUUCUAUCGAAGUCUACUCAGAUGCUCUGACGUGUUUUUUUAAAAUUAUAGCGAGUGCGUACGUAUUAAAAAUAGUUCUUAAUCUAUUUCGUGUAUCGUUGAUGAAUUCACAACAAGUGUAUUACCUACCGUUGCAUUGAAAAUAUAUACUGCCGAUAAACGAAAAGUGUACUAAAAUUACUAAAAAUUAUAUUUACUUCAAUAAAAAAAAUAUUGAGGAUAAGCAAAAAAACAUAAUUAAAAUCUACAUGGUUUAUCAGUCCGUAAUAAUUUUGUACUCAUUAAUGUUGUAUUUACUUACAUAACACCUUGCAUCGCUUCAUCAAUAACAAGGUCGUAUGUGUUAAUUAAGUGAUAGGCUCGUCUUGCCACUACAAAACGAAGUGUAAUGCACACAUUGGACCUAUUUUAUUUUCGAAAGCAACAGGAAAUUUUGGCGCUAAAUGGUUGGAAAAAAAAUCCACUCCUUGAUGGAACUAAAUCAGUCACUUUGUUAACUUUUUCCAACUAACUUACUAAUUUCAUAGCAAACUAAUUUUAGAAAAUAGAAAGAAAUAAAGAUACAUUUAUUACAUACAAUGGACGUCACACAAAUACAGGCAAUUACAUAGACAUGACAGUGGCACAUAAUAAUGGAAGAAAAAAAAAACAAGAGUAAACUGAGCAGUGCCACCCAUUCACCAUUAUACAGGGUGUUAAGUAAAUGGGUAUAUGAGCCGACACUAGCCCAUGUUAACAUGGGAAUAUAAAUGGUAUGGUGAAGUCAGAAAUUUGAUAUCCUCAUUUUAAUUUUUUUAAUUUUCAUACAAAAUAAAUUUAAUAAAAUCCGAAUUUUAUGAAAAUUAAAAUAAUUAAAAUGAAGAUAUAGCUCAUAUACCCAUUUACCUAACACCCUGUAUAAUAAAACCCUAAUACCAUUUUUGCACACAUUAAAAAUGUUCCAGUGAACAUCUUCAUUUAUUACUAACGACUAAUGACCUAGAGAAAGACGGAAUUACUGAUCUUCACGAGUCGGAUACAAUAGAAGGACUGAAAGAAAAUACAAAUACAAUGUUGUAAGUACUAGUAAAGUUCAUUUUUAGGCCCCAUGGUUGUUGGAUUGUUAAGAUUACGGUUGUAUCAGCGUUGUUUGGAACAGUACAGUAACAGUGUCAGUAUAAUUAUUAUAAUGGCGCCUUCAAAUUAAAGGCGUGUGCGCCAAAAUGUACUUGCAACUGUGCUUCUAGAAAUGGUAUGAAAACUAGUAAGCUCUUCGCAAAUGGGCCACCGACCACAGCCACCGGAACACACUUUUUAAUAUAAAAUAUUUUGUAUAGACGCGCCGCAUACCUGAAUCCGGUGGCGACCACUCGUUACAGUAGUGUUCGCGACUCGCCACUAGUGUGUCUGACACACAGUGGCCCCACUGCAGCACUCCUUACGCCUCUAAUUUGAAGGCGAAUAAAGUGUUUUAUUUAGUUAUUAUUUGGUUUCUACAUUUGUAUAAUAAAUAUUUAAUAUAACUAUACUGUAACUCGAAUAUUUAACAUUUGAUAUAUGAAAGUGCCAAUUUAUAAAAAUAUAAAUUUAUUUAAUUUGGAACUUAAGGCACACACUGGAAUCGGUGGUUUGUUGUGGUGAUAUAAGAAAUUCUCAAAAAUUGCGAUCUUAUAAAAAUGUUACUCGUCUGAAAUAAAUGAAAGAAUCUUCUAUAUUCGAAUUUAGCAAUAAUUUUAAUAAUAGCAACUGCGCACGGAUACUUUUAUGCGUUUUUAUCUAAGACUUACUCGUAAAAUAUCUAUACCUUAAUAGCGAGAACUGUGUAACUUGUAAGACAUAAUCUAUUUUGAUCCUUAUAUGUAUUUGAAAUGAA